AUGGCCAGUCCCAGCGGGAACACCGGUCACAUCGAAGCUUUCGACCACACGAAUCCCGAGGGAUGGGAAUCCUAUUCGGAGAGGGUCGAUUGCUACCUGAGGGCGAAUCGAGUAACCAAGGACGGCAUGAAGCGGGACGUGCUCCUGAGCGUCUGCGGGGCCGCCACCUUCGAGAUCGCAAAGGGUCUCUCGGCGCCCGCCCGCCUCACGGAGAAAACGUACACGGAGGUCGUCCGCCUCCUCACGGGCCAUUUCCUGCCGCAGCCGUCGCGGGUGGCCCGACGGUUCCUCUUCCACAAGAGGGACCAGGCCCAGGGAGAAUCCACUGCAGACUACCUGGCCGCCCUGCGCCAGAUCGCCGGAAGCUGCAACUUCCCGAAUUUGGAAGAGACCUUGGCCGACCGGUUCGCUUGGGGCCUCCGCGACGAGAGGCUCCAGCAAAAGCUUUUCGCAAAGGAAGAGGGGUGCCUGCUAUGGGGGAGCCGGGUGGUGGUUCCCCCUCCCCUUCAGAAAAGGGUCCUUGCAUCACUACAUGAAACGCACCCGGGCAUUGUGAGGAUGAAGGCCCUAGCCAGGAGCUAUGUGUGGUGGCCGGGGAUGGACGGAGAAAUAGAGGACUGGGUCCGGAGAUGCAGUGCGUGCCAGGAAUCGCGGCCGGACCCACCCAGCGCCCCGGCCACAAGGUGGGAAACCACAAGGAAACCCUGGUCCAGGCUCCACAUAGACUUUGCGGGGCCGUUCCAGGGGCAGAUAUUCCUUAUAAUCGUGGACGCCUACACAAAAUGGUUAGAGGUCCUCCCUGUAGCAUCCACCUCCUCAGCAGCCGCCAUCCGAGCCCUGCGCCGGGUCCUGUGCACCCACAGCAUCCCAGACACCCUGGUCUCGGACAACGGGGCCGCCUUCACCUCGGGAGAGUUCCAGGCCUUCCUACAGAGGCUGGCCGCAUUCCUAUUCGACAACAGGGUCAUCCCAAACCCUGUCACAGGGAUCAGUCCAGCAGAGCUCCUCAUGGGGCGCAAGCUCACCACAAGGCUAGACAGACUACAC